CUUGUUCUGGAGGAAGCUGCACUCUCCCUAAGGACCCAGGAGAUGAUCAUCGAACCAUCUUUGUCACUAGAAGUGUUAUGGAUUGUAGGGAACAAGAAGAAAACUGAGGGAAUUGGGCAGCCUACAGUACAGUCGAGACUGAGAUAAGCUGUUUCUCAAAGCACUGAAUCAGUGUCCAAACCAAAUCUUGUGGUCAGUGCACAUCCCUGGUAUCCAGCUCAGCAAUGAAUGCAAAAGGUUGCUAAAGCAUGCAGGCCUCUUUUGAUGAAUAAGAGUGAUUGACUUUGUUUGAGAAUCAGGACGUUUAUCACAUUGUGAUAAUGUAGCCAAACUUGAAAUGGGUUUGUGAUGAAAAGCAUUAUGCACAGCACACUUGUCCAAUUCCAAGAGUUUUCAUUGACUGAUUUGCCUCUUCUAAGAGUCAGAAGAGAAAAACAAUCUCAUUAAGCAAAGCCUGUCAUUUAAGUAAUGUAAAGUAUGUUUUACUGUCAAACUGAAUGCGUGACUAAGAUACCUUUAUAGAGGGCACAAACAGCUGCUGUUAAUUUCCGUCAAAGCUGUGGCCAAGGAAGAGGCAGCCUGCGUCACCCAUGUUUACCAUAUCCAGUGUCCAUCUGCUGUGGUGAAAUGCAAGCUGGGACUUCUUAAAAAAAGAUCACUGUCAGGAUAAGGAUCCUCUUUCCAUGUAAGAAAUGUUUCACAUACUUUCCAGCAUCAUGACCUCCCCCAUCUAUUUAAAUCCCCACCAUUCCCCUCUGGUAGUUAGUUGCUACAUGAUAGUCUUAACUAAGUGGUUUCAACUCAGGAUAGGUGAGGGAGAUACAGCCAACACUAUGCCUCCAGAAGAACACCAGAACACCACACCUGCCAAGAGGGCCAUCAAAAAGGUCCGAACGGCUAGCCUUGUUAUCAGCUUGGCACGAGGCUGGCAGCAAUGGGCAUGUGACCACCAUACAAAGCAAGCCCAGGAGCCCAGUGGGUGGGUGCCCAAUGAGGAGAAACCACUUAGCAUUCCCUCAGGUGAGAGGAUAUUUCCCAAACAAUCAACUGCCUUUAAGAAAGACCAACCAGAAGAUGGAAUGUCUCCUCCAUCAGAACAGCAGGAGCCACCAAAAAAUGGAGAUCAGGCUCCAAGUGAAUCUAAUGAAGCCCUCCAGAAACGUAACAUUAGAAGUAAAGAAGUGGCAAAAACCAUUGUAAGUAAAAUCUAUGAAAGAGGCAGUGGUGUGAGUCUCCUCAGCGACAAGUAUGAAAAAGAGAAUGGCUGUAUUUCGACAGACAAGAGUACCGAAGACCCCGGAGACAUUGAUAAACUCCUUAGUGGGAAAAUGUCCCCCACAAGAAGGAGAAAAUGUUCUAACCUGGUAUCGGAGCUGACUAAAGGAUGGAAACAGAUAGAACUGGAGGACAAGGCCAGUGAACUGGAAGUACAGAAUGAUCACAGUGACAGCUUAGAUACUGAGGACAGUGGUUAUUGGGGAGACACAGAGGACAGACUGGACACAAACAACAGUGGUCAAGAAAUACCAAGUUGUAUAAGGAUAAAGCGGCCAUUGUCAUCACUCACAAACAGGAGCAUCAAGAUCCCUAAGAAUUACAGUCCAAUCCACAACCUGACGGGGAGAUGGGAAGAAUGGGCGGAUGAGCACACGGCCAUGCAAAAACUCAAUCCUUUCAGUGAGGAGUUUGACUACGAACUGGCCAUGUCCACACGCCUACACAAAGGAGACGAAGGCUAUGGCCAUCCUAAAGAAGGGACGAAAACUGCAGAAAGGGCCAAGAGAGCAGAGGACCAUAUCCACAGGGAGAUGAAAGACAUGUGCUUCAUCAUCAGAACGAUGGCUCAGCACCGUCGGGAUGGCAAGAUCCAAGUCACUUUUGGCGAUCUGUUUGAAAGAUAUGUCCGUAUUUCAGAUAAGGUUGUUGGAAUACUCAUGAGGGCCAGGAAGCAUGGGAUGCUGGACUUUGAAGGAGAAAUGUUGUGGCAAGGCCGAGAUGACCAUGUAAUAGUAACUUUGUUAGAAUAGCACUAUUCUUCAGGGAAUAACCCAAAGCAUAUUGAAUCUUGGUUACACUGUUAACCACAGGAUCAGAACUUUGACUGCUCCAGUUUAUCAGAAAGACCAAGGAAGGCAUUAAAUUUCUCCUACUGUAGGGGAAGCCAACAUGGUGUCUGUUAGAUGUUUUGGACUACCCAACAGCUUCAGCCAGCACACCCAAUGAUCAUGGGAACUGUGGUCCACAACAGCUGGAGGACACUAUGUUGGCUACCCCGUCAAAGAGAGUAAGCAUUUCCGCCCAUUACUUAAUGUCUACAUAUUAUUACCAUGAUCAUGUACUUCUUUAGCCAGUAGUAUGUGGCCAAACUCCCUGGGGUAGACUUGUAUAUAAGGAAAUGAAGUUAGCAUAAUGCAACGAAAGACAAUUAAGGUAGCUUUGUAUCAGUUCAAUAUAUACUGUAUGCUUGUUGGGUUUGAGAGAGAUAGCAGUAACAAAUUUGAUGUGCUAUUACUAUUUGAAAGUAACUUUCAAGUACCUUGCUACCUUGAUUUUAUAAUUAAAUCAGAGGAAACUUGGGCCUGAACUGUUAGUUUAUGGCAUACCUUCUACUUAACAUUUCAGGACACUAAAGAUAAAUCCUAUAUGAAGAAUAAUAAACUAUGCGGCAGCAUUACUUAUAUAAACUAUGUAAUGUACACAUUGCAUAUUUUAUUUGGUAACAAUAUACAUUUCAGGGUUGCAUCAGUGUUGUACAUAACGUGUGUCAAACUGCAGAUGCUUCAAAACAUAUAGCUGGACUCUUCUGUUUGUUUAAUUAUUUAUGUUUAUGUAUGUAUGAAUCUGAUUGACAGUACUUAAAAUGUGUGGAAUAAUCUCUGGACAAUCAAUGCUUUUAAUGUUAAAAUGUACUGAAACAAAAGGUUUUUCCCCCUGCAACAUGUUCUCUUUCAAAUUGAAAGAUCACACAUCUUCUGACAGAAGAAAAGAUGUAUGACUAUUUUGUGUCAAGAUUCAAGUUAUCCUGAGUUUAAUAUAUUAUAUAUAAAGCUAAUACUGCAGGACAUGUUUUUAAGCAUUG